AUGAACUUUGAAAGUGAAGUACCGGAUGAUACCAGUCAAAAUUUGGUCGAUUUAGCACAAGCUACUUCCUCACAAGAUAAUAGUUCAUCUCUUUCUUAUACUGACGAUGCAAACAGAUUACACACAGAACCGAAUAAAAACAAAAGAAGUAUCUCGAAAUGUCAAGGACAAACCAGUAGCGAUACAUCAAUAGAAAAAUCGUACGAAAGUUUGAGUAAGCAACAAAAAUUAAAUGAAAGUGUGUGCAAUACUAGUGAGAAACAAGAAGAAGAUAAAGAUGAAGAUGAGACCAAUAAAAAAGUAGCUGGUUAUUUAAAAUUAAAGAAAAAAUCUCCUAAUUGGCAUAUUGUACCGGAAGUGAUAAAUCGCCAAAUAGCUAGCAAUCCAUUAUUCGUAAGACGAUUCUGUAGUUCUUUAUAUGCAGUAGAGCAGUUUCAACUUAUGUAUAAACUUUAUCUACCCGUAUCGGGCGAUAAUAACAUAAAUAUCUUAAAUUUCAAUCACAAAGGAAAUUUAUUAAUGUGUGCCAUUUGUAAUGAGAUUUCUAUUUGGGAUUGGGCUAUAGGGAAAAAAAGCUUUUCCUUUACAAAUAAUGAUGACAUCUUCGUCUUAUAUGCCAAAUGGAUGCCAUUGGAAAAUGUUAUGGCCUUUUCUGAUGAAGAUGGUCGGAUACGUUUAUUGGAUAUUGAAAGCAACACAUUGAAAGAAUUGGCGACACUCAAUGGAAGGUCGUACAAAUUGGCUGUGCAUCCAGAAACACCUCAUGUAAUUCUUUUAGCUGGAAUUGACUCACAAGUGUUAUCCAUAGAUAUCCGGGAAAGCAAACCAAAAGAGUUACUUGUAGAGGGAAAUGCAGAACAGUUGUACAGUAUAGAUUCUAAUCCUUCAAAUAGUAAUGAAUUUUGCGUUGCUGGUAUGUCCUACUGUGUCACGGCAUACGAUCGACGAAAAAUGUCAGAACCGCUUUAUAAACUAUGGCCUGAUUAUAUAGAAGAUGAAGAAGGUAUAUUUGUAACGUCUGCUAAGUAUAACUAUAACGGAACAGAAAUUCUCGCUUUAUAUAAUUACAAAUACUUAUACCUAUUUAAUAGAUUAAUAAUGUCAUCACGUGGAGAUUACGGUCAUAUGUAUCAGAAUGAUAUGAGUUCAUCAAUAUUUAAAGGUUCUUUUUUCGGAUCUAAAAGUGAAUAUGUUAUAGCUGGAUGUAAUGAUGAUAUAUUUAGUUGGGAAAAAAAUUCGGAAUCUACCAUACAAUGUAUAACAGUAGAUAAAAAAUCCGUAACUUGCUUGGAGAGUCAUCCGCAUUUUCCCAUUCUUGCGACAAGUGGAUAUGAUGACAACGUUAAACUGUGGGUGUCUUCGAAAGGAGAACUUUCGGUAAUGGGAUCAUUUGGGAAGCAUUAUGUGGUUCCAUUAGAUGACGUAUCAAAUUCAAGUGAAGAUGAUGAUGAUACCAAUGAUACUCAUGUUGGUGAUCAUACUAGUAAUUCGAAUAACUUCGGAUCGGACGACUCUAUCGAGGAUAAUCUAUCCGAAAGCGAAGACGUUGAAUAG